UACAUAACUCCGGGGCCAUUGCAAACAGUUUGGACUUUUGUUUGUGCUGCAAUAAUCAAAAGUGGAAAUCUGCUUUGGAGAUUUUUGCACCUGUGACUUUGCGAGACAUUGGUUCUGUGUCUGACAGGUUUUCCAAGAAGAUGAGGAUGACAUGAAUCAUGCUGCUGAAGUUUUAAAUGCUGUCACCCCAUGGUCUGCAGAGGAGAGAGCUGGACUUGUCCUCUACCAAAGCCCAUUCAUGCAGCUGUAGUUCUCCAUAGCAAGCAUCAUCACUGCUUUGGAGGAAUAUGCAUUGUACAAGAAGGAAGCGACUGCAGCUGAGCCGGGUCUUGUUUCUCCUUUCCGGGGUUUUUCUCUGUACGCUCUACCAGCUGACCAUCAGUGCAAGAUUGUACGAGCCUUUGCUAAUGUCUCCGUAUGGAGAGGAUUUUGGAGAAGGUUCAUCAGAGUUGAUUGAGGAGGUUACAGCAGAAACUCAGGGGCUGGAGGAACCUCCCACUGCCAUUCAUGAAAUAGAGCUCACAGAUCAAACAACACCAGGAAUGCAUUUGACACAUACCUCGGAUUCAACUUCAGAUUUUAAAGCAUUGACCCCCACUGAAUCUCCUCCAUCACCAACUAAAAACCGGACGAUUGUGCAUUGCAUCUAUGUGGCCCCCGAGCCUCCACAAGAGUCACUCAUACCCACACCAGCUCCGGCUCCUCCUGUGGCCACUAUCACUCCAGCUUCUCCUGGUGACGCUACUCAUAUAAAGAGUCAAUACCCUGAAGAUAUUUUUUCUAUUGAUGACCGUAAACGAGGCUGGGUGAUCCUCCAUAUCUUUGGGAUGAUGUACAUGUUCAUUUCACUUGCAAUUGUGUGUGAUGAGUUCUUUGUUCCUGCACUGGGGGUAAUCACAGAAACGUUAGCCAUCUCUGAAGAUGUAGCAGGAGCCACCUUCAUGGCUGCCGGAGGCUCUGCUCCUGAGCUUUUCACAUCCCUAAUAGGAGUCUUCAUUGCCCACAGCAAUGUGGGAAUCGGGACAAUUGUUGGUUCAGCAGUUUUCAACAUUUUGUUCGUGAUUGGAAUGUGUGCAUUGUUUUCACGGGAGGUGCUUCAUCUAACCUGGUGGCCACUUUUCAGAGACGUAUCCUUCUACAUAGUGGGCCUCAUCUUACUCAUCAUCUUCUUCUUGGAUAAUGUCAUAAUGUGGUGGGAGAGCACCAUGCUGGUGGCCUGUUACACUCUCUAUGUCAUUUUCAUGAAGUUCAAUGUGCAAAUAGAGCGGACGAUAAAGGCCAUACUCCUCAAAAACCAGAACAUCGUCAGGAUUUUUGCUGUGGAAGAACCGGAAAAGACAAAUGUGGACGCUGAAGAUAAUGUCCGACCUGCUCCAGAGAACAAGCAUCGGUUAAAGUUGAAGCCAUCCCUUCAUCGAGGGGGAAGCUCAGCUUCUUUACACAACAGCACCAUGAGAAACACCAUCUUCCAACUUAUGAUCCACACAUUAGACCCUAUAGGUGAGGGGAAAUUAAAGGAAAAGGCUGAGACUCUGAAUAAUGUGGCUAGACGGACGGCAAAGAGCAAAACUCAAGACAAAAUUGAAGAUGGUGUAAGUGAAACUAAACCAGUCAAAGAGCCAAAGGCUGCCGCAGCCCCAGAAACAGAGAAGACGGAGCAGCCAGAGGACAAGAAGGAGGAUGUGCCAGCAGGAAACGAUAGUUCAGGAGGCUCUGAAAGUGAUAAAGAUGAUAGCGAUGACGACAGCGUUGAGUCCAGUGAAGAAGAAGAGGAGGAAGAAGAUGAAGACGAGGGGGAGAAAGAAUUGGAGGAGGAUGAACCUCUGUCUUUACAGUGGCCUGACACACAACAUAAACAAGUCACCUACCUCUUCCUGCUGCCCAUAAUCUUCCCUCUGUGGCUCACAGUUCCAGAUGUUCGCAACCAGAAAUACAGAAAGUUCUUUGCGGCCACCUUCCUGGGCUCUAUCCUGUGGAUUGGUGUGUUCUCCUACCUCAUGGUGUGGUGGGCUCAUCAGGUGGGUGAGACCAUCGGCAUCUCAGAGGAGAUUAUGGGCUUGACUAUCCUGGCUGCAGGGACGUCCAUCCCUGACCUCAUUACCAGUGUGAUAGUGGCACGUAAAGGCCUGGGGGACAUGGCUGUGUCCAGCUCUGUGGGCAGUAACAUCUUUGACAUCACAGUGGGCCUUCCAGUGCCGUGGCUCCUGUACUCAUCCCUCCACAGUUUUGCUCCCAUAGUUGUCAGUAGCAACGGGCUCUUCUGUGCCAUCGUGCUGCUCUUUAUCAUGCUCCUCUUCGUCAUCAUCUCCAUUGCAUCCUGUAAGUGGAAGAUGAAUAAGAUGCUAGGGUUCACCAUGUUCCUGCUCUAUUUUAUCUUUCUGGUGCUGAGCGUGAUGCUGGAGGAUCGCAUCAUUAGCUGUCCUGUUUCCAUCUGAACGUGUGAGCAGAAGUCAUCUUUACAAAAGGGGUCCGUGCACGUUGGGACCUGAAGCCCGACUGUUAACCCAUUUGUAUGUAAUGUACGGGUCUCAUGACCAGGGGUCUGGGUGUCCGUAGAAACUAUGCAGAAAGCUGUAGUUGCUCUGCAUUGCUGCCAGUGACAUGUGUCCAGGAUGUCAGCAACAAUACAGAUAUUAGAACAUUUUACAGAAGUUGUUACAUACUCACUUCAAUUAACUAUGGCAGCUUUUGCAUACAUUUUUUUAAUUAAUAAAGAGAUGCAGAUCUGCUAAAAUAGUGUGGGUAAGGGUAAGUGAAUGAACACUAACCGGGAUAUUAAUGUUUUUACUGUUUACAAAAUUGCAUUUACAGAAUAUAAUUGGAAAUAUAGAAUAUGGCAAAUUUUGGAAAAUGUACUGUAUGUUUCUAAAUGUGGAUAUUGUAUAUGAUAUGUAAGAAUACACUGACAUAUAAUACUGUUUUAUAACAAUCAUCAUAGAGAACCUGAGCUUGAGUUCACUGUUCACGCUUUCAUGCAUAUCAGUUUAUAUAACAAAACCGUCAGGCAUAGCAAUAGCACCCAGGUCGGAAAAAAACUUGACAUCCAUAGAAUAAAUGUGUUUAUUCACAAAUGAAAGUAAACUAUAGAUCCAACCAGGGAAUAAAUGUAAUUUCAUUUUUUUAUAUAAAAAUCAUACAAAUUAGUAUCCGUGUUACAAAUGAUAAAUAAUACUUCAUAAACAUUGUUUAAAUUGACAAAUUGUGUAAACAACAUAUACACAUCAAAUGAUGUUUUGGUCUUCAGUGAUGUUUUAAAUUUUUAUCACAAUGUAAAAGGUGAAUAAAAUGCUAUUUUACACGCUG